CCCGCCACAGCCCGGCCAGCGCGCAUGGACGCACCGGCGCCGGAGGCCCCAGGCGGGGACUCGCUGCGGGACGCGGCAGAAAAUCUACUUCAGGACUUUGAAGAGCGUUUCCAAGCGCUUACCGCAACAUUGAGCCACAGAAUGGAAGAAAUGGGAAAUCGCAUAGCGGAGUUACAGAAGAAUGUGAAUGACUUAAUGGUACAAGCUGGGAUUGAGAAUUCCGUGAAAGAACAAAUGACUUGAAGAUAUUAUUAAACAGAUCACCUGCAGCUGCUAACAUGAAAACUGUAUUAGCUGAAUGAUAAUAAUCUAUGCAAUAUGAAUUUUUUAAAUUCUUAUUUUAUUUGCACAUGUAGGGGGCAUACUAGGGCCUUGUACUACCAACCACUGACAAAUACCAGCUGUUUGUGCCACUUUUUUCUUGCAAAUUGAACUCUGGCCCACAGACUUUACAAGCCAGUACACUGAACCACUGAGCAAUAUUCUCAGCCCCUCACUUCUAACCACUGAGCAAUAUUCCCAGCUCCUUUCAAUAUUCAUAUUGAAAAAAAUAAAAAUAAAAAUGU